AGCCUCCCAUUCGCAUGGACUACGGGUACAACGUGAAAGUGGGAGAAGGCGCUUUCAUCAAUUUUGACUGUGUCAUUAUCGACACCUGCUUGGUGACGAUUGGGGCGCGCACCUUGUUGGGUCCCAAGGUUAGUCUUUAUAGCGGCACGCACCCUCUUGAUCCGGCUGUGCGCAACGGAACGGAAGGUCCAGAGUCGGGGAAAGAAAUCCAUAUUGGUGAGGAUUGCUGGCUCGCAGGGAAUGUGACUGUGUUGCCGGGAGUGACGAUCGGAAAAGGUGCGGUUAUUGGAGCUGGAAGUGUGGUGACCAAGGUACGUUCGAGACUGCUUACCAUUCCUGGGAUCUUGUGUGAGGGUCAAAAAUGGUCUUUGCUGAUAAGUAUGGUUGCCAUGCUAGGAUGUUCCUGCGUUUCAUUUGGCUGUGGGAAACCCAGCGAGAGUGAUUCGCAAGAUUGAAACCUCGAUGAAG